GCCGUCGAGUGUCGCUGGGGUUCUUCCUGCGGCGUAAAUCUGACCGAUCUCUCAGCGGCCGGGAUCGCCUGGCAUCUCAAACGACAUCAUUUCCAUCGCACAACCUCCUCGUGGAACUAUCGAGCUCGUGGAGUUUGUCAAUGGCAAUUGGACAAUGGUCGCUCUUGCGGGACCGAUUUGUUCCACGAAGGAUUUGGCAAGCAUAUCGCAUCGGUGCACUUGAAGAGCAUUUCCCGUAUAUGCCCUCGCUGCGGUCGUAAAUACUGCAGGGUAGAUGCGCUCGAGAGGCACUUGCGGGAGUCGUGUAUU